ACACGCUUAAGAAGUCGCCAACAGAAUACAUCCCCCACAUACCCACACACACACUCUCAAUGCUUGGUCACACUCUUAGUCACUCAUUAUCUCUCUUCGAUCACAACAGAAACUCACACAGAUACACUGAACAAACACUGCACCAACCAUUUGGACACAGCAGAGUAUGGAAAAUAAGGCUGAUGUAAAAGCGAUUAUGGCUCGCUUCCAAACGAGUGGGCCAAGCUCUGAUGAGUCUUCCUCUACACCGGCUGGACGUACCAAACAAUCCCUGCACCCGACCCUCUCCUCAGGCGUGAAUGUACAAACCAAGAAACCUGUCCUGGAAAGUGUCCCGGGCAGUGCCAUAAAUGUUACUCCUAAACCAACUUUUCUGAAAAAUGCAGUGUCUCCUAAAAGUGACACAGAGGCACAGGAGCCAAACAAAAGUAAAGCUCUGGCUAGCAGGUUUGCUAACAGCCAGAAUGACACCAACAGCAAACCUUUCAUUGUUAACAAACAGCAGACCCCCUUGAAGCCGUCUGUGCUUGCACCUGAAGCUAAAAUCCCUGGACAGAAGCCAGCUCUCAGCAAGCCCUCCCUCAGUUCCACCCUGUCAGACUCCAAAGUUGCCUUUCCUAAACCACCUCUAGCAGUCAGUUCAAAGCCCAGCUGGGUGAAGGAAGACAGUGGUGGGGGUACACCACCCACUACCAGCCCCACACCACUCAAAAUGCCUUUACAACAAAAACCGAGCAGCUUAACAAAAUUGCUGCAGCAAAAUGAAGGCCUGGCAGGAACAAACACGGACACUACAGUCAAAGCUUCACCUCCGACAAACUCCACUCCUAAACCCGCAUCCAACUUCAGAGCUACUCAAAAUAUGUUCAUCAAGCAGGAUAGGAAUGAACAAUCAGAUAGUGGUGGAGCCAAAAAACCGCCCCUCACUGCUACUAACUCCAUCCCACCUCCAAAACCUCUACCUAGUAAAAAACCUAGCCUGAGGAUGUCAGCCAAGCCCUCUCCUCAGGCUAGCAGCGUUAAUGAUAAUGUCACUUCAGGCCCCAAGCGUAAUACCCUACCCAACAGUUUCGCUUUGGGCCCUGCUCCUGCUAAACCGAACCGACCCCCCAGAGUCAACCUGGAGAAAUUUAAAAGACCUGCUGAGGCCUCUGAUGAGGGUCAUGGCACCAUGAAAAAACCUACCAUCCCAACUCAUCUGGCCUCUCGCCCCAGUAACCAUAGCAACCAGGUGACCCUUACUCAACCUCCUCUGCCUCCAACCUCCAGUCUACCCCUCCGACACCCUACAUCCAUGACUGAGCAAGAAGACUUUUAUGAUGAUGUUGAUGAGCUCACCAGUUCUCCUCCCCCUCUACCACCAUCCUCAGGUCACCCAAGUAACAGGGCAAAGGAGGAAAUCAACGAUGGUGAUAAUAAUGAUGAUGAUGAAGAGAUGUAUGAGGAUCUUGAUGAACGAUGGGAAGCAGUCGAACAAAAGCAAGAAAAGAAGAAAGAAAAAGACGAGAAGGAGGAGAAGAAACGACUGGAGGCUGAGAAGAAGGAGCAGAAGGAACGUGAGAAGAAAGAGCAAGAUGCCAGAAAGAAAUUCAAAUUUGUAGGCCCCCUGGAAGUCAUCCAUCAAGGGAAAGCUCGAGUGGACUGCAAAGGCAGUAAAACCGACCUUGGUCUGAAGCAGGGAGACUCCCUGGACAUCAUCCGUGUACAGGGCAACCCAGAGGGGAAAUGGUUGGGACGGACACAAGAUGGAUCCAUUGGAUAUGUAAAGACCACUUCAGUGGAAAUUGACUUUAAUACUCUGAAGAAUCGUCAGCCUCAGCAGGCAUACGAGCCUGAGGUCUACGAUGACAUCGAUGUGGCCUCUGAUAACAGUGGGACCAAAGGACCAAGAACUGCCCUACCCCCGCCACCAGAAGACGGGGGAGAAAUAUAUGAUGAUGUUCUUGAUCCAAACCUGGAAAUCAGUCCCCUGGAUGUCAGGUCUUCUCCUGUGAAGUCCCGUAGCUUCCUACGGAUGUUCGACCGGAGCAGACGCACUGCCAGCACUAAAGAAGUGUCUCCACCCGGCCAGUUCACUGGAGAGGGACAUGCAGAUAAGACAGGAGUAGCAAUCGAUGAUGAGAUAUACGAUGAUGUUGACUCUCAAAGUUUUCCUCCACCUGCUCCCGUCAUCAGCCCCACAAACCUGAAAGGCAAAAGCAAAACUGAAGAGAUGGAUCCUAAGAAGCAGAAAAAGUUUGAGAAAGAGGAGAAGGACUUCAGGAAAAAGUUUAAAUAUGAUAGUGAGAUACGGGUGUUGUACCAGGUGACUGUUGUCAACACGCUGACUAAUAAGAAGUGGAGUGGGAAAGAGCUGCCAAUCAAAGCAGCGGAGAAACUUGACGUCAUUGCAAAAGCCGUGGAUAACAAACUGAUCUGCCGCAAUGACGAGGGCAAGUUUGGUUAUGUUUCCACCAGCCACAUUGAUAUGGACGAUGGUGAUAUCUAUGAUGAUAUUGGAGAUGAGUGUAUCUAUGACAACGACUGAGAAACAUCCAGCAAUGAAUUUUUCUGUUCAUUUUAUUUCUUAUGUUUGUUAAAAAGAGGCUAUACACUGGGAUUCAAAGAUCUGGAAUCUUUGAAGUCCUUUGAACAAUUCAAUCUUUUUAAAAUUUCAUUCUCCAAAACGUAACAGCACAAAACUAUUUAAUGUGGUUAUAUUACUUGCAAUGUCUCAGCAAAGUGGGAAAGCUGUUGGACAACAGUAUUUACAUAUUUCUGUUUUUAUAUGUCAUCCGUUGUUUUAUUCUGUCUCUUGCACAAACCUGAAUUUGCAUGCAUGCGUCUACUGUGCUUUGCAGUAUUGUAGGGACUGUGGCAUGUAAAAGUUAUAAACCUUACUAGCUGUCCAGCCAGCUGAUGUGAUACUGAUAAUAAUGGUUUUCUUUGUCUCAAGUUUGAACAUAGAGAUAAAACAGUUUUAGUGCCUCAGUGCUUCUGACACCACUGUACGAGUGUGUCUUUGAUUUUUCUCUUUGUUUGUCCUGUUGUAUGUGAAUAUUUACUGAUGUGUGCAUGGCUAAAUGAGGACCAUCUUAUCUAGAAAUUAGAUAUACCUAAAAUUCAACUCGUCAUGAUGUCAUCUGUGCAGUCUUGUGCAACAAGGGGAUCAUCUUGUGGCGGCCAUCAGGAACUACAACAGCAGCAGACCACUGGCGUUUGGAUUUUAGUUACAAGUUUCAAGUGUCAGUUUGCUUUGUUUGUAUGGUAUAUCCAUCCAUCUAUGCAAAUAGCAAUCAUCAAAUUUUACAGUUAUUUCCAAGGAACUGAACCAUGCAAAGCAUUAUCAAAGGUGAUGGGGGCCUGUAUAAUGGCAGCAUGAAACUUUAGUGAUGUGAAUAUCAUGUGAUAAAUUAUUCAGGGGUGCCAAUAAGCAGAAAAAAAGCCUAAAAUCUUUAGGGGCCCAUGGACUGGGACUCUGAAAUGUGCCAAAGACUGUAUUAUUGAGUAUUUAUUGCGUCUGUACUGUUUCCAAGCUGUGCAUGGCUUUCAUAUGUUGAAAAGUAUCCUAUAUAAAAAUAAGUGCAUUUUGCUGCCAGUUGUGAAAAAAGAAUUUUGUAUAGAGCAAUCUUAAUUAAAAGUGAGUAAUGCUCAAUACUGACUUUCUUG